AUGCAUUAAAUGGUUCUUGAGGCUGCAAGCCACAGAUAAAGAUGGAAUCCCAGAUCAGGCACAACUUCCACCAGGACUGUGAGGCAGGCCUCAACCGCAUGGUGAACAUGAAAUAUCACAGCUCCUAUGUCUACCUGUCCAUGGGAUACUACUUUGACCGUGAUGAUGUCGCACUUGCCAAUUUCUCAAAGUUUUUUCGGGAACGUUCAGAGCAGGAAAAAGAACAUGCAGAAAAAUUUAUCAAAUACCAGAAUGAGCGAGGAGGCCGUGUCUUUCUACAAAGUGUUGAAAAACCAGAGCGGGAUGACUGGAGCAAUGGGCUCGAAGCACUGCAGUUGGCCCUGAAGCUGGAGAAGACUGUAAACCAAGCUAUCUUAGAUCUGCACAGUUUAGCUGGGGAUAAAAAGGACCCACAUAUGUGUGAUUUCCUGGAGGACCCAUUUUUGUCUGACAGCACAGAGACCAUGAAAAAGCUCGGGGACCACAUCACAAGCCUGAAGAAACUCUGGGGAAGUCAUCCUGGCAUGGCAGAGUACCUCUUCAACAAGCACACGCUGGCCAAGUAAAAUGUGCUACAACUGCUACCUCUCGCAUCGUAUUUUAUAAAAAAAACUUGAAUAUAUUUCUAUAGAACAGUCUCUUUCCCAGUAUUUGGAUGACAGAACUUGACUUUGUAAAUUUUGUUUUGCAAUAAAAGGUGCUCCUGGGACCAGUUCAACCAAAAA